AGAAGCACUUGAGGAGGCGAAGGCUGGUGCAGGGAGUCAGACGCACGCUCAUCAACCCACAAGAAAAUGCCCAAUUUUGCAGGCACUUGGAAAAUGAAAAGCAGCGAGAACUUCGACGAAUUGCUGAGAGCCCUUGGAGUGAAUGCCAUGCUUAGGAAAGUGGCAGUGGCGGCUGCGUCCAAACCCCAUGUGGAGAUCAAGCAGAACGGUGAGCAAUUCUACAUCAAGACUGCCACCACCGUCCGCACCACUGAGAUCAGCUUCCUCAUUGGCCAGGAGUUCAACGAGGAGACAGUGGACGGCAGAAAGUGUAAGAGUUUGGCAACGUGGGAAACAGAAAACAAGAUGUUCUGCAGACAAACCCUUCUGAAUGGGAGCGGCCCGAAGACUUUCUGGAGCCGAGAACUCCGAGGGGAUGAACUCAUUCUGAUGUUUGGAGCCGACGAUGUCGUGUGUACACGGAUCUACACACGGGCAUAGUGGAACUUCUACAUCUCACAGCCGCCAGCGUCCUUCAACAACAUCCCAGUUAAACCUUCAGAAACAUCCGGGUGAAACCUGACAGUCGGUGCUGAGAGAUUUCAGGAAACAACCUGCUAUUCACAAGUCAAUAACAGCGGUCCAGAAAUCAUAAUUUGUCCAGAUAUCAUACCUUUCCUGUUUGUAUUUAAUUUUAUUAGCUUUGGAAAAUGAACUCUAAGAAGUGUGGUUUGUUUAAUUAUUACAAUAUAUGGCAUAAAAACAUGACAGGGUUGCAGUCCAUUCAAAGGAUCUUUUAAUGCCAAACACCAUACUAUACUCGUGUACAACAUCAUAAAAGUCAAAAAAACACAUGGCAAAGAGUAGAGACACAAUAAAUUGGGUAGAAACACAGUCUUUAUGUACAAUCUAGCUCCCCGGUUGUUCAUGUAGUAUUCAGUAUUAAACACGGUCAAUAAAAAAAUAAAAACCCAAGUUAUAAACUGCUCCGAGAUUGUCUGUAGCUGUUUGAAUUACUGACAGUUGCCUUUAUGGACCUCCUUGAAAAGGUUGCAGGGUAUUUUUUUUCCUUUUAAGUUG